UUUUAACCCGCCUAUAAAACUUCUAAAAUUUUCCAACGAUCAAACAUCAUCAUGGACUUACAAGAAGAUACGAAAAUUGAAAAUAUUGAAGUUGAAUUAUCUGCUGAAAUUGAUAUUGAAGGUUCCAAUAUUGGAAAUGGACUGGAAAUUGAAAAAAUAAAGGCUGAUACAUCUGAAAAUUAUGAUAUAAACGAAAAUCAUUUUGAGAAUUCUUUGAGAGAUGAUGGUGAUAAAAAGGAUUAUGUAUCACAAAUAGAUGAAGCUACAGAACAAACUAAGGAUGCUAAUCCUAGUACUGGCAAAAAUAAAAAAGAAAAUUUUGAAGAAAUAUUAGAAGUUGAUCGUGCAAAAAGAUUUGGGUAUUUGUUAAAACAAACUGAAAUAUUUUCCCACUUUAUCACCAUGGGUGGUGAAUUUAGUACUCAAGUUUCGCCAAUAAAAAUUAAACCAGGAAGAAUAAAAGGACCGGGAACCAAAGUUACCGAAAAGGCAAAAUUAUCUGCCAUUGGGGAUCAUAGGCAUCGAAUGACCGAACAAGAAGAAGAUGAGGAACUCUUAUCAGAAACAAAAAAAUCACAAAAAUCAAUUGUUACACGUUUUGAGGCAUCCCCUUCAUAUGUAAAAAAUGGCGAAAUGAGGGAUUAUCAAGUCCGCGGGCUCAAUUGGAUGAUAUCACUUUACGAAAAUGGUAUCAACGGAAUAUUAGCCGAUGAAAUGGGGUUGGGUAAAACUCUUCAAACCAUAGCCCUUCUGGGGUACAUGAAGCAUUAUCGGAAUCACGCUGGGCCCAACCUGGUUAUAGCCCCCAAAUCUACCCUCAACAAUUGGAAAUGCGAAUUCGAACGGUGGGUGCCCUCGUUGAAAGCCGUCCUACUCAUCGGUGAUAAAGAGACCAGGGAUGACCUUAUUAAAAAUGAAAUCCUGAAUGGCGAGUGGGACGUGCUUAUCACCUCGUACGAAAUGGUGAUCAAGGAGAAAGCGAUCAUGAAGCGCUUCAAUUGGAAAUAUCUUGUCAUAGAUGAAGCCCACCGUAUCAAAAACGAAAAAUCGAAGCUUUCUGAUAUAGUCAGAGGUUUCAAAUCCGCCAACCGUUUACUUCUGACGGGGACGCCCCUUCAAAAUAACUUACAUGAGCUGUGGGCACUGUUGAAUUUCUUGCUACCUGACGUUUUUGAUUCAAGUGAAGAUUUUGAUUCUUGGUUCGAUACAACCUCCUGCUUUGGUGAUUCAGCUCUGGUCGAAAGAUUACACGCUGUUUUGAAGCCUUUCUUAUUACGAAGGCUCAAGUCAGAAGUCGAAAAAAAAUUGCCACCCAAAAAAGAAAGCAAAAUUUUUAUAGGUCUCAGUAAAAUGCAGAGGGAUUGGUAUACCAAAAUCCUGAUGAAAGACAUAGACAUAGUCAAUGGAGCGGGUAAGUCGGACAAAAUGAGACUCUUGAAUAUCCUCAUGCAACUUCGCAAAUGCGCUAACCAUCCCUACUUAUUCGACGGAGCUGAGCCUGGUCCGCCAUACACGACAGAAGAACAUUUGGUUUAUAACAGUGGUAAAAUGGUGGUCUUGGAUAAAUUAUUGCCUAAAUUGCGAGCCGAAGGUUCUCGCGUUCUCAUAUUCAGUCAGAUGACGAGAAUGUUGGACAUUUUGGAAGAUUAUUGCUACUGGAAGGGUUAUCAAUACUGCCGCUUGGAUGGGAACACCCCUCACGAGGACAGAGCAGCUUCUAUAACGGAGUUCAAUCGGCCAGACAGCCCCAAAUUUCUCUUUAUGUUGAGCACCAGAGCCGGAGGGCUUGGCAUCAAUCUGGCCUCAGCUAAUGUCGUCAUCUUGUUCGAUUCCGAUUGGAAUCCUCAAGUCGAUUUACAGGCUAUGGAUCGGGCUCACAGAAUCGGGCAACUCAAGCAAGUUAGCGUUUUCAGGUUCAUCCUAGAAAACACUGUCGAAGAGAGGAUAGUUGAAAGGGCCGAAAUGAAAUUGAGGCUCGACAAUAUCGUCAUUCAACAAGGCCGAUUGGUGGAACAGAAAAACGCUCUUAACAAAGACGAAAUGCUGGGAAUGAUCCGGCACGGGGCCAGCCAUAUAUUCGCCUCCAAGGAAGGCGAUAUAACUGAGGAAGACAUCGAUAUCAUAUUAGCCAAAGGCCAAAGAAAGACCGAGGAGAUAAAUGCGAAGUUGGCUACAAUGGGGGAGAGUUCGCUCCGAAAUUUUACACUUGACGCUCCGCCACCAUCAUCUACCGCCUUGACGGCAUCGGCGACUGCUUUUGAUGGAGAUCCCGCUACGGACAGUGUUUACCGCUUUGAAGGGCGCGAUUACCGCGAAAAACAGAGCCACGGAACUCUUGGACCCCUAGGCUGGAUCGAACCUCCUAAAAGAGAAAGGAAGGCUAACUACGCUGUCGAUGCAUACUUUAGAGAGGCCCUAAGGGUGGGCGAACCAAAAGCGCCGAAGGCUCCUCGACCCCCUAAGCAACCCAAUGUGCAGGAUUUCCAAUUUUUCCCGGCCCGCCUCUUUGAACUGCUUGACAAGGAGAUAUACUCCUACCGUCACUCCAUCGGCUACAGGGUCCCCAAAGAUGCCGCCACCUUAUUAUUAACUACUACAUCCACUGGAACCGUACCCACCGCCGCCCUCGAACGUCUCCGUGCCGCCGAGCAAGCCAAGGUUGAUACUGCCCUUCCACUUACGGAGGCGGAGACCGUUGAGAAAGAUAAACUUUUAGCUACGAAAGGUUUUACCGGAUGGACCAAACGUGAUUUCAACCAGUUUGUGAAGGCUAACGAGAAGUGGGGCAGAGAUGACCUAGAGAAUAUAUCCCGCGAUGUGGAGGGUAAAACUCCGGAAGAAGUGAUGAAAUAUGCCGCAGUGUUUUGGGAUAGAUGCAACGAGCUCCAAGAUAUCGAAAAGAUUAUGGCACAAAUCGAGAAAGGGGAAGCCAGGAUUCAACGGAGAAUCUCUAUCAAAAAGGCCCUUGACGCUAAAAUGUCACGUUACAAGGCUCCCUUCCACCAACUUCGUAUUUGUUAUGGUACCAACAAGGGAAAGAAUUACACCGAAGAGGAGGACCGAUUUUUGGUUUGCAUGUUGCAUAAGUUGGGGUUCGACCGAGAAAAUGUGUAUGACGAAUUACGCACCUGUGCCCGCAACGCGCCUCAAUUCAGAUUCGAUUGGUUCCUCAAAUCCAGGACUUCCACCGAAUUACAAAGACGCUGCAACACCCUUAUUACUCUCAUUGAAAGGGAAAAUUUGGAGCUUGAAGAAAGAGAGAAAUCGGACAGGAAAAAACGCGGACCAAAGCCAUCCCUAGCUACUCCUACUCAGGGAAGUGUGCAAAAGAACACUGCAAAAAGGAAAGUAGAAACGACACCUACAUUGGCCGCAACACCUAUCAACUCCACCCUCAAUAAGAAUAGCAGUAAAAAGCGGAAAUGACACAUUCUUUUAUUAAUUAUUUUUGAAAAAAUCUGUUUAUUAUAAUUGUUUUCAUAUUAAAUUAUAAAUAUAACGUAAUAAUUAUUAU